AUGAAAACCUCAAAGGCAUCCCAGCGCUACAGAAGCAUCCGGAGAAAUGCCAGCCAGUGCUACCUCUACCAGGACUCCCUGCUGCUUGGUAACUUCGACGACAGCUUUAAUGCUGACGAAGCAGGAGACAGCAGUGAUCCAGAACAAAUCUUCCAGAAUAUACAGUUUCAGAAAGAUCUCAUGGCAAAUAUCCGCUGCAGACCCUGGACCAUGGGGCAGAAGCUUCGGGCACUGAGACGAGCAAAGGAGAUCGUAUUGAAGUUUGAAGGCAGGCUGACCAGGACUCGAGGCUACCAAGCAGCGGGAGCAGAGCUCUGGCGGAAAUUCGCCCGUCUGGCCUGCAACUUUGUGGUCAUCUUCAUCCCCUGGGAAAUGAGGAUAAAGAAAAUCGAGAGUCACUUCGGAUCUGGCGUGGCCUCCUACUUCAUCUUCCUGAGGUGGUUAUUCGGUGUUAACAUAGUGCUCACGGUGAUGACAGGUGCCUUUGUUGUCCUUCCUGAGCUAAUCGCAGGCCAGCCCUUUGGAAGCACAGCCAGCAAGACCAUCCCCCAGGAGCAGGUCAUGUCUGCACAGGAUCUGGACACUGUCUGGUCCCUGGGGGGCUACCUUCAAUACUCUGUUCUGUUCUACGGAUACUACGGAAGAGAGAGGCGGAUCGGGAGAGCCGGCUACCGCCUGCCCUUGGCGUAUUUCCUGGUGGGGAUGGCAGUGUUCGCUUACAGCUUCAUCAUUCUCUUAAAGAAAAUGGCUAAGAACUCCCGCACCAGCCUGGCCAGUGCUUCCAAUGAAAACUACACCUUCUGCUGGCGGGUGUUUUGUGCCUGGGAUUACCUCAUUGGGAACCCAGAGGCUGCAGAAAGCAAAACAGCUGCCAUCCUGAACAGCAUUAGGGAGGCCAUACUGGAAGAGCAAGAAAAGAAAAAAAACAAAAACAUGGCGGUGACCGUCUGCCUGAGAAUCAUUGCCAACAUCCUGGUGCUCCUCUCGCUGGCUGGGAGCAUCUAUCUCAUCUACUUUGUGGUGGACCGGUCCCAGAAGCUGGAGCAGUCGAAGAAGGAGCUGACACUUUGGGAAAAGAAUGAGGUAGGCGUGGUGGUCUCCCUUGUCACCAUGCUAGCACCGUCUGCCUUUGACCUCAUCGCUGCCUUGGAGAUGUACCAUCCACGGACGACACUGCGCUUCCAGUUAGCAAGGGUCCUGGUACUGUAUCUAGGAAAUCUCUACAGCUUGAUCAUUGCUCUUCUGGACAAAGUGAACAGCAUGAACAUUGAGGAAGCUGCUGCUAAAAACAGCACAAGCCACUGGGCAGAUGCUCCCACCUUCUAUGCCACCAGGACAGUGCCUGAAGAAGGGCAGUGGCCCACACCUGUGUCAGGGGUGGAGCUCAGGAGAAACACGAGCAUGUGGGACUUGGAAGAGACAAGCUUUCUGACUUCUAUCACACCACACACAGUAGCCAACAAGACAGUGUCCUACAUGCAGGGCCCACAAGGCCAGUGCUGGGAGACAUACGUUGGCCAGGAGAUGCUGAAGCUGUCUGUCAUUGACAUGCUCUUCACUGUGGCCAGCAUCCUCCUCAUAGACUUCUUCCGAGGACUUUUUGUUCGCUACCUAAGUGACUAUUGGUGUUGGGACCUUGAAAGCAAGUUUCCUGAAUAUGGAGAAUUCAAGAUUGCUGAGAAUGUGCUGCACCUUGUCUACAAUCAAGGCAUGAUUUGGAUGGGGGCCUUCUUCUCGCCGUGUCUGCCAGCAUUCAAUGUUCUCAAGCUCAUUGGGCUGAUGUACCUGAGGAGCUGGGCAGUGCUGACCUGCAAUGUACCCCACCAGCAAGUGUUUCGAGCUUCCAGAUCCAACAACUUCUACCUGGCAAUGCUCCUGUUCAUGCUGUUCCUCUGCAUGCUGCCAACUGUCUUUGCGAUUGUCCACUACAAGCCGUCCCUGAACUGCGGCCCCUUCAGCGGACAAGAGAAAAUUUAUGACAUCGUGUCAGAGACGAUAGAGAAUGACUUCCCCACGUGGUUUCACGUCGUUGUUGGACACAUCAGCAGCCCCGUGGUGAUACUUCCAGCUGUGCUGCUUCUGUUCAUGCUCAUCUACUACCUUCAGAGCAUCGCGAGAUCACUCAAGCUCAGCAGCCAGCAACUCAGGAUGCAGAUCCAAAACGCGAGAUCAGAAGAUAAGAAAAAAGUUGCCCAAAUGGUAGAGGCCCUAGCCAUCCCUAGUGAUGCCAGGCAGGCAGGCUCAGCCACUGAAGCAGAUCCAAGUGAAAAUUCAAAGCCAAAGGCUCUCCAAGCUCGAAUCCAGACUCAUGAAGAAAGCAGCAAGAAGCUUCUAAAGGACAGUGACCUUAUCAGCCAGCUGUCCUCUGCGUACCUGGCAACAUCCCAUAACAAUGGCAACAUGCUCAACUUUGACUCUCUGAGUAGCAAGAGCCUCAGGAUGGAGACAAUUACAAGGUCCCUGCCCCAGAGUCCUGGACAAGGGUCCAGGGGUCCCUGCUCUCCUCUUCCUGAUGGAUCUAGAUCAAGGCCAGAGCAGGACACCAAUAGGAAUCCACACGGGCCGUGUUCCAGCACAGGCAACCUCCACAAGAACAGAUCCUGCUCGUCUGUGACACAAACACAGCCACUCAAAGAUGCUCGCUCAGAGCCCCUUUCCAGAAAAACCUUUCAUCCAAUCCGUCCUCCUUUCUGUGGAUCUGAAGUCUCUGCCUUGAUGACACAUGGCCACGGUCUCCGUGCUCCCAGAUACUAUGUCGUCAAUGAGCAUGACUCUCACAAAAAGACCCACCCAGCUUUCUGGCCAGAAAGACAUUUCAAGAUAGAUGCUUUAGGUGACAUUGUAGAGUUGUACCCCAGGAAUGUAGGGCAGUACAUGUCCUGGGUUCCCCACCAGCCUUCCUCUCCACAGCUGAGUGAAGAAGAGGAGGAGAUGCUGAGAAGAGAUUUGAUCCAGUGGUCAAUCCCUGCUGGCUCCCUGACAGACCUCCCUCGGUCUUCUUGUUUUUACACUGGUGACAGAUCAGAAAAUAACACCAGAGACCCUAAGUACCAGCGAAGGGUGUACUACAGAUCUGGGGAAAAUAGUUUUGAAGACCAGCUUGAGAGGCCAAUAUUUGUACACAAAAAGCCACGACCCAGGAAUGUCCAAUACCCACAGCAUCCCCUGAAGGCCAGAGUCAAAGCCAAGUUCGAACCAUCGUUCACAGAAUCUGAUUCUGUGUCAGCAGCCUCCAGCAGUGACCAGCAAAACAGCAACAAUGACCAAUACAGGCAUGUCAUGUCCAGCCAGGCAAGAUUCCCCAGGUCUGCCAGCCAGCUGGGCAGGAGGAAGGCCAAGUACAGGCAGGUACUGCCCACAGAUCUAAAUGACCUAAUUUGUUCAAAUGUCUAG